GUCCCCGCCUGGCCGCGGGGCGGAUCGACGGGGCCGAGCGGGUGCAGCUGGGGGUGCGUGGGCCCCGCCGGGCACGUUUCGGGGUCCGGGGAGUGUCCGCUGGGGCCCGGCGCCCCCUGGGUCGAGCCUCCCGGGGCGCCCCUGGAUGGCUGAGCUGCCCCUCUGCCGGCCGCCCGGGCGCCGCAGCGGCUGAGGUCGCUGGGAUCGCGGGGCAGCCGCCCUCGCCGCCCCCUGCAUGCCCGGCGCCCGGGUCGCGGCCCACCUGGACGCGCUGGGCCCCCUGGUCCCCUCCGUGCCGCCGCCGCUGCUGCCCUCUAUGUUCUACGUGGGCCUGUUCUUCGUCAAUGUGCUGAUCCUAUACUACGCCUUCCUCAUGGAGUACAUCGUCCUCAACGUGGGCCUCGUCUUCCUGCCCGAGGACAUGGACCAGGCGCUCGUGGACCUCGGCGUGCUCUCCGACCCCGGCUCGGGCCUCUACGACGCCGACUCGGAGCUCGACGUCUUCGAUGGUUACCUGGAGUAGGCUCGGUUACCGUCCUCCCCCGCCCCCGACGACCCGCACCCCUCGACCUGGACCAGCCGCCCAAAUGAUGCCGCCGCCGCUGGUUGGGGGCAUCGUCCGGCCAGGGAUGGGACCCCCAGGACGAGGCCCUCUCCGGCCUCCAAGAUCUGCCUGCUCCCCCCGAAAGCUCCGUGCCAACAGAGAGGUUUCCGUCCGGACCCCAGAGGGUGGGAUGGAGAGAUUGAAACUGAGAGCGGAGGCCCAGAAGGCCUUUGCCCCCACCCAAGGGGGAAAGGCAGGGGCAUCCGAAGACCUCCCCCGCCUGCAGCGUCGCACAAACGGCCUUGCCUUGGCUUAUGACCUUUCGCAGUUGCGAUGGAUGUUUACAGGAACCCAGCCAGAGUCUGCCUCCCCGCUCUUCACCCCCGACUGCACCUGCUUCUCCCACUUAAUCUUCGGAGAGGAUACUUCAAACUGCGGACACGCGCACAGAGGCCGCUCCCAGCUCCGUCUGCUGCCAGUGGAGCCCGAAGCCUGGCCUGCUUUGGCCCGAGGCUGACCCUAGAUGCAAGGAUUGUUUCAGGGAGUUAAAUCAGAAGGAGAAGAAGCCGCAGAACAUGUCGGGCUGAAGGGUCGGGCCUGACUUACCCAUUUCAAGUUCCUCGUUCUUCAUCAAGUUGCCAGAACUGAUACAUCACGCCGAGGGGGAGUGCCACGUUGCUCCUCCAGCCGGAAACAUUUUUUGAAAAUGUGAGUGGUGUGGAUACUUGAUGUUGAUAAACCUUGUAAAAGCAAUACUUAGGAGGCUGACUUCUUUCAAUUAAAACAUGUAUGCAACUCCA